CGUUAUUCACAAACGCUGAUUUUGUAAGACGCACUCUGAAUUUACAGGUGCGGACACAAAAUCGGCGAAAUAUGAAUUCGUAUAAUACCAAUUUUAAAACGUGACAAGUGUGGUUUAACGUGGUCAAAAAAAGAAGGCAAGAGCCAAAAUGUGGAACUUAGAUUCUCAAGACAAUUUCGUAUUUCAAAUUGUUUGUAUGCAUUAUCACAGUUUAUUGUGUCCAAUUACAUGUUCUAUGAAUCCAAAAACAUGUCUCCCAUGAAAAUAUUUUCAAUGUAAUAUAUAUUGUGUUCCUGUCCUUAUUCAAAUAACCAAUUAUUCAGCACAUGGGGAGUGUUUUUGUCUUCUUUUUGAAAUGUAGGUUAUGCAAGACCUUGUCCUUCAUUCCAGAGGACAACUGGAUUUGGAUAAUGAAUUGGCUUCCCUGAAGAUUGCUGCUGCUUCUUCUUUUUUUUUCUCACCAUAGGUUUUUGUUUUUCCCCUAUUGGGUAUUUUUUAAAUAAAAAAAAAGUUCCAGUCUACCCCCUUUAAAUUUUCCACCUGGCUUCAGGAGACGAAGAUAUCCCUCCUUUUUUUUCCUUUCCAAGAUAUCCAGUCCCAUCUUUGCCCUCGGCUAUUCUUUUUGACAACAUCUAGCUUGACGAUUUUUUUUUAAAUUCCCCCAAACCCCUUCACCACUCAAUUAUCAACAAUAUUGGAGAGAGAGAAAAAAAAACACGAAACGGACAUUUUCCUCCAUCUGCCAAUUUUUAACAGCAGUCUGAUGGGAACAGGUCUCUAAGAGGCAAAAGUUGCCCCCUCUUCCCCUGUUCAGUCUUUACUCAUCAGUCAAGUAUUCCUUCAGGAUCAACACAGUGCGGAGCGACCCUUCAAGAAGCGCUUGAGAUCACCAGGGAACGUCUCAGCCACUGCAGGGAGAUUCACGUGGACCCUGUCGCAGACAUCCGGAACGAGAUUCCAGCAUCAGUGAAGAGCUCCUGACCUGGAAGAGUACAAACUUGUGCCAGAAUGACCAUGCAAGGAGAUGACUGCUACUUCUUCUACUAUUCCACCUGUACUAAGGGUGACAGCUGUCCUUUUCGACACUGCGAAGCCGCCAUGGGUAGCGAGACUGUCUGCAACCUGUGGCAGGAGCAAAGGUGCUUCCGUAACAUCUGCAAGUUUCGACAUAUGGAAAUAAAGAAAAACCGUAAAGUAAUCGCAUGCUAUUGGGAGAACCAGCCAGCUGGCUGCCAGAAACCUCACUGUGCUUUUCAUCAUGAGAAGCCACGCAUCAUUGAUGGGAAUUAUUUUGCCCCAGACAAAGGUCAAGCAAAGGAGAAAGAAGAGACCCCACACGAGGACCAAGUCAACCAAGUCCCUGCGCCCACUGCAAACCCUACUAACCCACAGCUUAGAGGGGUCAUUAGAACUGAGACCCAGGAGAACGUCCCCAGCCCUACCCAUCCACCUGUGGUCAUCAACCCCGUGGAUGAUGAUGAUGAGGAUGAUCAAUUCUCAGAGGAAGGAGAUGAAUCUCUCGGAGGCUCACCCCGGAAACUGAUCACAUAUAAAGAUGAUUCGCUGAACUUUGGUAUCCAGACACUGGAGGAGAUCAGAUUGAGGAAAGCACUCAUGGCCAACCUGAAGAAAGCUGGGCAGUCCACCAUGCAGAGCUCUGCCCAAAACAAUGGAACUGCUAUUGAAAAGGAAAACAUUCAGUCUCUUUCACGUCUGGAAGUAAACAAUGCCAAGAAUGAUUCGUUUGUUAAUGAAACUGGAAAAAGAAAAAUUUCAGACAGACUUGGGAAAAGAAUUUUGAAAAGAGAUGGUCCUGUGGAGGAAGAGCUACCUUUGAAACGAAGCCUUGCUGAACGACUCGGUGCAACUGUUGAAUCCUCCACAGACGUUUUACCACAGAAAGCUCAGAAACCAGUGCGAGAAAGACUUGGAUUGACCUCCGACCUGCCCAGCUCCAACAGCGAGCCAAAACCAUCCGGAGACAUCCGUAUAAAAACCCUUGAGGAGAUUCGGCAAGAGAAGGCAGCCAAAAGCCUCAAAUCGAGUAAAGUUGUGCGUGUUGUGAAAGAAGUGCCGAAGGAGGAGCCGAACCCUUCCAAGAAAAGUGUCAAACCUGCUGGUGGACCACAAGUUAAGACUUUCUCUGAAAUCCUUCACGAAAAGAAAAAAAUGCAGGAGAAAAAAGUCCAGGAAAUGAACACGACUGCCAAAAGUCCAGAGGGGAAUGAAGGACUUUGCUCUGCAGAAGCUGCAGUCAAGGCCCCUGUGCCAGCUGCGGAGGUACGAGUUAAAACGCUGGAGGAAAUACGCAGGGAAAAGGCUGCAAGGAUGCAAGCACAACUUCAAGAGUGCACAGACGACAAGACCCCAACCUCUAGUGAAGCAGAGUCAAGUGGACCUCCAAAAAGGCGCAUUCUGCGUGUUAAUAAAGCCACUACUGCUGUCAGCACUGUAGGUCAAACAAAACCAGACACAUCUGAUAAGAAACGGGAACCCGCUACAGAGACAAAUGGAAAAGGCGAACCCUCCAGUGUGCCUGUUAAAGUGAAGACGUUUGAGGAGAUCAUGCGUGAGAAGAGACUCCGCAAGCUGCAGGAGGAGCAAGUCACCUCCACCAACCAGAAAGACGCAUCACCUGCUGCCUCUCCGCCAGCAUCAGAAUCCUCCGCCCAGCCUCAAACCACAGUGAGACCGAGGAUCGCCCUCAAAGCCAAGCCCUCUCCGCUCCCUGCUGCUGUAGUGCCUCAGAAAAGCUCCCCCGAGCGGUCUGGAGAUAGUACUCCAUCGUCAAACACACCAAAGCCCUCCACCUCUCCGGUCAUUCCUGUCCAGCUAACUGAGGGAACUAUGCAAAUUGUGGAGAAAAAGGUGAAGCCCAAGGUGAACGUGAAGCCAUCAGUAAUGAAGCCGGCCCAGAGGAGGAAAGCUGCAAAAGUGAACUCUGCUGUUGCUGAAGUGAAACCUCUUAACACUGCCUGUCAAUCACCUUCCUCCCUGGUUAUUCCCAACAAGCGCCUUAAGGUGGCUUCACCAACCUCUCUGACAGAUGUUCGGUUCGACACUCAGCAGGUGCCCUGCUCUAACACAGAGGAUAUUCAAAUGGUUCCUAUGAGCUGCCUUGAGCCUGCCAGUACUACAUCAGCUGAGACCGUUGCAGUCCCUCAAAGCCCUGUGAUCAGAACACCCAGUGUGCAGCGCAAUCGGCGGUCCAGCACCACUUCUGGUCGAACUGCUGCUGUUACCAGUUCAUCGAUGGAUGACUUUGAAGACCUGUUAGAUGAAUUUACUGAUGAUCGGCUUGAGGAUGACUUGGAAUUGGAUUCGGGCAAGGGAGAGGAUGACCUUCUUUUAGAACUCUCAGAGAUGAUUGACAGCUAGAAAUGAGCGAUGUCACCCCUUUACUUAACACUGCCACUAUGAAUAUAAAAGGACUGAGACAUAAUUCAACCCACAACAUUUUAAAAUAAGAUUUAUUUUCAAACUCUGAUAGAUCUGUUUUAUUGCUCCUUUUAGAUUUUUCUUGUCAAUGUAAAUAUUUCUUCAUCAUCAAAUAGUGCUUUAGAGUUCUUUUCUUUAGUUGACUUCUUAAAGCUGUCAAAAAUGGGGAAAAAACGUAGUUGUUGCAGGUAUGAGCAAGCAAUCAUAAGACAGCCUCAGGUAUAAUGAUUGUGUUGGAGGUCAUGUUAGAGCACUAGUCAUCAUGCAUUAUAGGCAGGAAGUUUUCAGUUGUGUACUGUGUAUGCCGGAAUUAUUAUUUUUUAUUUUUUUGUAUUGGAGAGGCACAGCAAGACAACAUAUUUCUCAGUGUUCAUUUUGAGUCGCAUGCAUUAAUCUGAGUUAUUAAAUGUUCUUUGGCUGUCAUUAUCGACAUUAUUUUAACAGGUCAUCUCACUAACCUUUGAUCUGCUUUAGGAAAAACAU